AUGGUUUUACGUUGGAAAAAAGAAGAAGAAAAGUUGAAAACUGCACAUUCAAAAGCUCGAAAAAUUGGUACCGGUUGCCAUCCACACUAUCCAGAUGUCGAAAUUGUUUUAAAACAAUGGAUUCUUGAAUUACGGCAGAAUGCAUUUUGCGUAACAGCUAAUAAUGUUAAGACACAAAUGAAAUAUUUGUUAGAAAAUGAAUUUAAUGAAAAAUAUCCAAAUUCUAACUCUUUUGAGGGACACAAAACUGAAUCUGUCAAAAAUACAUAUAAAGAAUUGAAUUGUAUACCAGCAAUUAUUCCCGGGGGUCUUACAUCUAUAGUACAACCACUCGAUGUGUGCUUAAAUAAACCUUUUAAAGAUAAUCUUCGAAAAAAGUGGAAUACGUGGAUAAUGAAUGAGGUUACUUUGACUAAAGAUAGAAAUUUAAAAAAACCACCUUACAAACUCAUAUGCGAAUGGAUUCUCCAAGCUUGGGAAGAGAUACCAAGUCAAAUGGUAUGGGUUUUUAGGUCUAGAUUCAGAAAACAUGACACUGUUCGGAAUAGUUUCAGCGAUCUAAAUAUUUCGUGGCAACAGAUACAGGUUCUUCAAUUCUUGAUUGAUGCUGAGGCGGGGUCUAGAUUCGGGAAACAUGGCACCAUUGGAAUGGUUUCAGCAAUCUGUCAAUAUUUCAUGGCAACAGGUCUAGAUCUGGGAAACAUGGCACUGUCGGAAUGGUUUUAG